CGUGCUCUCGCGGCUGCACCUGGUCGCGCGGGGGCGGGGAGGCGCGGUUGCUAGGGAAACCGGAGGACGCCCGGUAGCCGCCCCCACCGCCUCCGCCCCAGGCAAAGGCGGCCGGCGCCGCGGAAAGCAGCCUCGGGGAAGGAGGAGGAAGAGGGGCAGGUGUAGGGAGUGAAGAAGCAAAAAGAGGAGGAGGAAGAGGAGCUCAGGGCCGUCCCCGCGCAAUUAAUGGGCGACUCCUGCGCCCUGGACCGGCCCGCCCGCCCGCCCAGCCCCUCGACCCCUGUAGCCCCGGCAGGGGAGGAAGGGCAGACCCACAGGUCGGGGAUUAGGAAUCAUGUUGCAUGACGCAAGGGACAGGCAGAAGUUCUUCAGCGAUGUUCAGUAUCUGCGGGACAUGCAGCAUAAGGUGGACUCUGAGUAUCAGGCUUGUCUGAGACGACAGGAAUAUAGAAGAGACCCAAAUGAGAAGAAACGCGAUCAGUUUUGGGGGCAAGAGACAAGUUUUGAGAGAUCCCGGUUUUCUAGCAGGUCAUCUUCCAAACAGAGUUCUAGUGAGGAGGAUGCUCUAACUGAACCAAGAUCAUCUAUCAAGAUAUCUGCGUUUAAGUGUGACUCCAAACUUCCAGCAAUUGACCAAACAUCAGUCAAGCAGAAACAUAAAAAUACCACGACUGUAAGGAAAGCAGAGAAAGUGGACCCCAGCGAACCCUCUCCAGCAGACCAAGCACCAAUGGUUUUAUUAAGAAAGAGGAAGCCAAACCUGAGGAGAUUUACAGUCAGCCCAGAAUCGCACAGCCCGAGAGCGUCUGGGGACAGAAGCAGACAGAAACAGCAGUGGCCCGCAAAGGUGCCAGUUCCCAGGGGAGCAGAUCAAGUAGUUCAACAAGAAGGCCUGAUGUGUAACACUAAGCUGAAGAGGCCAAAUCGAGAGAGAAGAAACUUGGUCCCAUCGUCACAGCCAAUGACUGAGAACCCCCCUGAUAGAGCCAAAAAAGGAGACCCGAGUGCUCCUUCCCAGAGUGAGCUGCAUCCAGCCCUGUCCCAGGCCUUCCAAGGAACAAAUAGUCCUCAAGUAUUGAGUGAGUUCUCGGGGCCACCACUCACACCCACCACUGUAGGAGGGCCAAGAAAGGCAUCAUUUAGGUUCCGAGAUGAAGACUUUUAUUCCCUUUUGUCAUUGAACAGAAGAAGAGAAAGAGAGAACACUGAAGAGGAAACCCAGUUUGAAGAAUGUCUGUGGGUUGGUAUGUGCUCACCCCGUUCUCCUUCCCAUCACAAAAGAAGUAGAUUUGGGGGGACAUCGACCCCUCAGGCCAAAAAUAAAAAUUUUGAAGAAAAUGCUGAAAAUUGCAGAGGUCAUUCUUCAAGAAGAAGUGAGCCCAGUCAUGGCUCAUUGAGAAUAAGCAAUGCAAUGGAGCCAGCAACAGAGCGGUCUUCUGCUGGGCAAAGGUUGUCCCAAGACCCCAGGCUGCCUGAUAGGGAAUCUGCUACAGAGAAGGACAGAGGUGGCAGUGAAAAUGCGAAAAAGAGCCCUCUUUCGUGGGACACCAAAUCCAAGCCCAGACAAGAGGUUGGUGUCAAUGCUGAAAAUGCAUGGAGUGAUCGUAUUUCUGUGGAACAUAGGCCUGGCACCCAUGAUUCUGAAGGAUACUGGCAAGACUAUUUAAACAGUUCUCAAAAUUCUCUUGACUACUUUAUUUCUGGCAGACCAAUAUCUCCAAGAUCAUCAGUGAAUUCAUCCUAUAACCCUCCUGCAUCAUUCAUGGAUUCUGCUCUGAGAGAUGAUAUUCCAGUAGACUUGUCAAUGUCAUCGACUUCAGUUCACAGCUCAGACUCAGAGGGAAACUCAGGGUUUCAUGUUUGCCAACCACUGUCUCCCAUUAGAAAUAGGACUCCAUUUGCCAGUGCCGAAAACCAUAAUUAUUUCCCAGUAAACAGUGCACACGAAUUUGCUGUCAGGGAAGCAGAAGAUACUACUUUAACAAGCCAGCCUCAGGGGGCUCCAUUAUAUACAGAUCUCUUACUAAAUCCACAGGGCAAUUUGUCCUUAGUGGAUUCUUCCAGCUCCUCUCCAUCAAGAAUGAACUCAGAAGGCCAUUUGCAUGUGUCUGGGUCUCUGCAAGAAAAUACACCAUUUACUUUCUUUGCAGUGUCUCAUUUCCCAAAUCAAAAUGAUAAUGGGAGCAGGAUGGCAGCCUCUGGUUUCACAGAUGAAAAGGAAACCAGUAAGAUAAAGGCAGACCCUGAGAAACUCAAGAAAUUGCAAGAAAGAGAUGGGGUCUCACUACGUUGUCCAGGCUGGUCUCAAACUUUUGGCCUCAAGCAAUCCUCCCACCUCAGCAUCCCAAAAUGCUGGGAUUACAAGCGUGAGCCACUUUGCUUAGCCAAAUAUCUAUGUCUUUAGCUCAUUUUUCUUUUAGAGUAUUUGUAUUUUAUUUUAAUAUACCUGUAUUUUAUUUUAAUAUCUCUGGCCUAUUAAUUUAAUCUUUCAACAGUUGUGUGUUGGAAAUAUCUUUUCCCAAUUUGUAGUUUGUCUAGUUUGUCUUUUUCUUUAUGUUGUCUUUUUUUUUUUUUUUUUGAGACUGAGUCUUGCUCUAUUGCCCAGGCUGAAGUGCAGUGGUGUGAUCUUAGCUCACUGCAACUUCCACCUCCCAGGUUCAAUUGAUUCUCCUGCCUCAGCCUCCCCAGUAGCUGGGAUUACAGGUGUGCACCACCACGCCCAGCUAACUUUUGUAUUUUUAUUAGAGACGGGGUUUCACCAGGUUGGCCAGGCUGGUCUCAAACUCCUGACCUCAAACAAUCAGCCCGCCUCGUCCCCUCAAAGUGCUGGAAUUACAGGCUUGAACCACUGUGCCCGGCCCCAUCUUCUUUUUGGAUUGCAAUUUGUAUCUUGUCUUGCUUAAGAAAUCCUUCUCUUAACCUGAUAUCAUUAUGCUAUUCUUCCUAUUUUCUUGUAAAAUCUCUAGCUUUAUAUUUAGGAUUUAAUGUGAAAUGGAUUUGGACUUAAAUGUGAAGCGGUUCUUAAUAUGUGAUGUGAAGUAAGCUUUAUUUUUUCCCACUUAUGAAUAUGAAAUAUCCAAGUGUUUGGGAUAGUUCCCUGUUGAUCUGCACAGCCACCUCUCCUUUGGAACAUGCCUCAACAGGCCCCAGUUUCAGGGCUCUCUAUUCUGUUGCAUUGGUCUUUUGUUGUCUUUCCCUAAUCUAAUGCCAUUCUGUCUUAAUGCCUGCAACUUUCAUAACUUUUGAUAUGCGAUGAUGUAAGCCUCCUUCCCUACUUUUUUAAAGAGUCCUUGACUGUAUACUUAAGAAUCCACUUGUUGGGAUUUUUAUUGGAAUUGCAUUUAAUCUAUAGAAUAUUCUGGGAGAAUCGACAUCUUUGCGAUAUUGACUUUUUCUUUGAUAAACAUGCUGUAUCUCUCCUUUUGUUUGUGUCUUCUUUAAUGUCUUUCAGUAUAGUUUUGUGGUUUUCUUCAUAAAAGUCAUUUAUUUAAUUUAUCCCUUGGUUCUUUUAUUUGUUGUUAUUUGCUAUUGAAACAGUAUUUUAAAUUCUAAUUUUAACUCUUUGUUGCUAAGAUGUAGAAAUCCAACGGACUAUAUGUUUUCUCUGUAUUUUUGCCAAAAUACAAAAUAAUUUCAACUGU